CUCUUUAAUUUUUUUUUAAAAAUUUUAAUUUUAAUUUUUAAUUUAAGGUUCAAAAUCCCUACAAUUUCUGAACACUUUGCUACAGUUCGUUCCUUUACCGGAAUCCUCUACGGUUCUGAAAGAAAAACAAAAACCCAGUAAUACUCUCACCAUAGCUCCCUACUGUUUGCACACACCACGAAAUUUCGCUUUUCGAAGCAAACUAAAACAAAAACGACAGAGAAAACUGUUUUCUGGAAGUGUAUUCGGAAUCUAGAUUCAUUGCUUUGGAUAGCUCUAGGGUUUUACGUCAUUUUCCCAGCGCUUUGAAUUCCAGCUUUGAGUGAGAAAAUCGUUUUUUUCUCGAAGCAAAAGUGUUUUUUGUGUUUUUGAAAGGAAGCAAAGCAAAGCAAAGGAAGGUAGUUCUGGUGUUAAACGGUGACGUUUUAUUUUUUGUUGUUGUGAAAUUUCGAAUUUCGAAGUGUUUUCAUUUCGCGAAGCACUGAAAGCGAAAUUCCUUGAAUUGGAGUACACUGCAAUUCAGACCUAGGGUUUUUGAAGCGCGAGGUUUUCGUCUAUUUCAGUUCUGAGAAAUUGAGCUACGAUUUUCGAAUUCCGGAGUGUUUUCAGGAAGCACUGGAAACAAAAUCCAUUGAAUUAUGAUUCAAUUCAAACCUAGGGUUUUUUGAAGCUCGGUUUUCGCCUAUUUCAGUUUGAAAUUGAAUGGUGCAGAUUGUGCUUUUUUGAUUGAUCAUUUGAGGGACGUACUGUUGCAAUUGGAAAAUUUUCGAAGAAUUAGGGUUUUUAUCUUUUUUGAGCGAUGGAUAUCGAUGUGGUAGUAGAUGAUGUUACUUUGGACCCUGAACUAUUGCAACUUCCCGAGGUGUCUCCGACGGCGCUCAAAUUGAGCCCUCUGAUUGCUGAGGAAUUGUUCUCUCAGUGGCUUUCGCUUCCAGAAACUGGAAGACUGGUGAAAUCUCUUAUUGAUGAUGCAAAGGAAGGUGCUUCCUUUAAUGCCCUUGCAAACUCUUUUAAUGCAAAUGCCGCUGGGAGUACUUCAUUGCCUUCCAUGUUUCCUGCUGGGAGUGCACCUCCACUUUCUCCAAGAAGUUCGUCUGGUUCUCCACGCAUAUCAAAGCAGAGAAGCAGUCCCUCUUCUCUUGGAUCUCCUCUUAAAUUAAUUAUUGAACCAGUGCGAGAAAUCAUACCUCAGUUUUACUUCCAAAAUGGUCGUCCACCACCAGUGGAACUAAAAGAACAAUGUCUUUCUAGAAUUGAUGACCAUUUUAACAAUCAUAUGGAUGGAUAUCAAAUACAUGAGUUUAGGUCAGUUACGAAAGAAAUAUGCAAGCUCCCAUCGUUUUUUUCCUCUACACUUUUCAGAAAGAUAGACACCAAUUGCACUGGGGUAGUGGCCAGGGAUGGAUUUAUCAAAUAUUGGGUUGAUGGCAAUAUGCUGACAAUGGAUGCAGCAACUAAAAUAUUCAAAAUUCUAAGGCAGCCAGAAUGCAAAUACCUCACUCAGUUAGACUUCAAACCUGUUCUUCGAGAGCUUUUGGCAACCCAUCCUGGGUUGGAAUUCCUACAGAGCACACCUGAAUUUCAAGAAAGAUAUGCUGAAACUGUCAUAUACAGAAUAUUCUACUACAUCAACAGAUCAGGAAAUGGCCGUCUUACUCUUAGAGAGCUGAAACGAGGAAAUCUAAUUGCUGCCAUGCAACAUGCAGAUGAGGAAGAGGACAUCAAUAAAGUCAUGAGGUUCUUUUCUUAUGAACAUUUUUACGUUAUAUACUGCAAAUUUUGGGAGCUUGAUACGGACCAUGACUUCUUACUUGACAAAGAAAACCUCAUCAAAUAUGGUAACCAUGCCCUAACCUACAGAAUUGUUGAUAGAAUAUUUUCACAGGUUGCAAGGAAGUUUACAAGUAAGGUUGAAGGGAAGAUGGGUUAUGAAGAUUUUGUUUACUUCAUGCUGUCAGAGGAAGAUAAGUCAUCUGAGCCCAGUCUAGAGUAUUGGUUCAAAUGCAUAGAUUUGGAUGGAAAUGGAGUUAUUACCCACAAUGAAAUGCAAUUCUUUUAUGAGGAGCAGCACCAUCGUAUGGAAUGCAUGGCCCUAGAACCUGUGAUAUUUGAGGAUAUUUUGUGUCAAAUUGUUGACAUGAUUUCACCAGAGAGGGAAGAUUAUAUUACACUACGUGACUUGAAAGGAUGCAAACUUUCUGGAAAUGUUUUCAAUAUCCUUUUCAAUCUUAAUAAAUUCAUGGCUUUUGAAAGUCGUGAUCCAUUUCUCAUCCGUCAGGAACGAGAAGAUCCAACUUUGACAGAAUGGGACCGCUUUGCACAUAGAGAGUAUAUUCGGCUUUCAAUGGAAGAAGAUGGUGAAGAUGUCUCUAAUGGAAGUGCAGAAGUUUGGGAUGAGUCACUUGAAGCUCCUUUUUGAGUUCAAUGAGCUACAUAUACAAAUGCUGUUCAUGUUUUCUUGAGUUUGGCCAUGGAAUGAAGAAAAAUUGGCAACUUGGAGAUACUUCUUGAAUGAAAACUUACCAGGACUGCAAACCUUAUCAGCGAUAACUUCAAGCAUGGUCAUGUAAUCUUGUCACACACCUCCGAGUUGGCAAAUAAAGCUUCCCUUCAUGAAAUUAAAGUGAGCUGCGCUGUGGAUGACUAAAUCGAUUUGCUUCUUUGCAAUGGGAGGUUGGGACUUGAUUUCUGUCCACUUAUUAAUCGUCACCAAGCUAACAAUAGUUUAUGCUAUUGUUAUUGAAGAAUUAUUUUGUUUCCAAGGAAUUUGCUCCAUUGCUGGUUGCUUUCUAUCUUGCCUUUCUUCUUUACGGGCAAAGAGGGCUGACUUGAAGCUUCUAGUGGUUCGUUGUAUUGUUCUGAUGCCCUUCCCCCUGCAUCCCUAGCUUCUAUACCUUGUUUAUAUGUUCUUUAUUGGAUUUAUGUUGAAGGAGAGAAUUUCCAACAUAAAAAAAAAUGUAGAAAUUGCAAUAUCAUACAACACUUUUUGGUUGGAAUUGAUGAAAGAUUUUUCUGAGCAACAAGACCUGUUAUAUUUUGUUUAUUAUCCAUAUGCUUUUUCAAAAAUUGUUUAGUCAGUGCUCAGAGUCAGUGAUAGAUCUAUUAAUUCCAAUAGAAUGUUCUCCUU